ACCAAAUAUUUAUGACUCAGAUCCCAAUAUGCAACUAUUCAAACAUGAGUAGGACUUGAAUGAAAAUUCGUUGGAAGUAUAUAGUAAACAGAUAUGAAAACAACAAAAAAGGGGCAACCAACUCUCCACAGCCCAGCUGAAAUCAGCUCUGGCAGUGUUGAUGGCGCGGGGGAUUUAUGCUUAUAUAUAUCUAUGCAGAAACAAAUCAUCUUCUCUAUAAACAAUUACCUCAUUGAUUGAUCGAUCGAACCUAAGAUCGUGCAGAUCGUGGAGUAUGGCUACAGGCACUGCAAAUGUUGAGUCACCACAGUCUCUCCAUUCAAGAUUGUUAGGAAGAGUUGCUCUGGUCACCGGAGGUUCCAGUGGCAUCGGAGAGAGCAUUGUGCGUCUGUUUCGCAAACAUGGUGCAACAGUUUGUAUAGCCGAUCUUCAAGAUGACCUAGGCCAACGUCUCUGUGAAACCCUAGGUGGCAGCUCAGACAUCGCCUUUUGCCACUGUGAUGUGACAAUUGAAGAUGAUGUCAAGCGUGCAGUGGACUUCACCGUUGACAAGUUCGGAACCCUUGACAUAAUGGUGAACAAUGCCGGGUUGUCGGGCCCUCCCUGUUCGGAUAUCCGCGACUUUGAGAUCUCCGCAUUCGACAGGGUCUUCGAUGUGAACGUGAAAGGUGUUUUCAUCGGAAUGAAGCAUGCGGCCCGCAUCAUGAUUCCGGCCAAGAAAGGGUCGAUAAUAUCGAUCUCCAGUGUGUCGAGCACCUUGGGUGGCGUCGGGCCUCAUGCAUACACAGGUUCCAAGCAUGCCGUUUUGGGGCUCACCAAGAACGUCGCGGCAGAGCUAGGAAAACACGGCAUACGUGUAAACUGCGUGUCUCCGUACGCCGUGGCGACGGGCUUGGCACUAGCUCACUUGCCCGAGGAGAUGAGGACCGAGGAUACAUGGGAUGGUUUCCGUAAAUUUGUAGCGAGUAAUGCCAACUUGCAAGGCGUGGAAUUGACUGCAGAGGAUGUGGCGAAUGCUGUGGUUUUCUUGGCGAGUGACGAGGCAAGGUAUGUCAGCGGCAUGAAUCUCAUGGUCGAUGGCGGCUUCACAUCUACAAACCAUUCCCUUCAAGUAUUUAGGUGAACAAAAUUUAUAUAUUUGCUGCCAUCCAUGCUGUUGUGGAAACUAGUUUAUGAAUAGUGAUGGUAAUUCUAUUUGAAUGAUGAUAUGUACGUUUUUUUCUUUCUAUAUCUGCAAUAUAUAAUUUGAGUACUUAA